AUGGCGUUGCUCAAUAUCAUUCUCAUGCUACUAACAUUCGCAUUCCUUCACCACGAAAUCACAAUCACGGAGGCGCGGCUCGAUCUCGGCGUGUGCUAUGGAAUGAUGGGAGACAACCUCCCUUCUCCGGAGGAGGUGGUCCGGCUCUACCGGAGCUACAACAUCGGCAAGAUGCGGCUCCUCGAUACCAACCCCAAUGCACUCGCCGCGCUGAGGGACAGCGGGAUAGAGGUCACGGUGGGCACCAGAAACCAGGAUUUAGAGAGCAUAGCGUCGAGCGGCAGCAAAGAUGUGGUUCGACACCAACGUGCAACCAGCGUUGUUAACGAAUAUGGAUACAGCGGAAUGUGGAUCACCACUGUGGUUCCGAACACUACCUUAGUUAGCUUUAACCCGCCGUCGAGCGCCACAUUCUCUGAUGCUGCUUGUGCUGACAUGGUCGGAAUCAUAAACUUUCUGUCGAGCAAUGGCUCGCCAUUGAUGAUCAAGGCCUAUCCGUACUUCGCGUUCGACAUCUAUCCGGUCAACGUGAGUUUGGAUUACGUUCUAGCCACCGCGACUGACCCGGUGGUCCAAGACGGCUCCUUGAGUUACUCUAACAUGCUUGACGCGAUCGUGGACGGCUUCUAUUGGGCGAUGGAGAAGGAAGGCGUCACCGGUGUGGAUGUGGUGGUUUCCGAGACUGGCUGGCCUUCGCAAGGACAUAGUUACUUCACCGAUCCAGAGCUUGCGCAAACUUACAACAAGAACCUUGUGAAGAGGUUUCUGGCCAAAACCGGGAUGCCGAAGAGGCCGGACCGCAGCUUGGGAGGCUUCAUCUACUCGAUGUUCGACGAGAAUGAGAAACCCGCCAGGGUCGAUAAAUAUUUCGGGCUAUUCUAUCCCAGCGGGAAGCCGGUUUACCGCGUGUUUGAUUAA